GACUACAAAAAUAACUUUAAAAAAUCAUAAACAAAAAGAAGGGUCUCUGUUUGAAGACUCACCUGCAAACUCUCACCAUUAUUUUCCUCAAAACUGUGAUUUCUUUUUGUUACUUUUCAUUGCAAAACGAGAAAGGAAACAAAGGUGGCUGCUUGCUGUGGAGCUUUAGACCAAUGGAGUUGAGCUUGCAAAGCAGCAGGCUUUGGGAAGAGGUCUUAGAACAGACAAAGGUGGCGAAAGAGAAGGGUAUCGAUCCUUUAUUUUGGGCUUUACAAGUGUCUUCCAGUUUGAGCUCCUCUGGAGUUGCUUUGCCUUCAACUGAUUUGGCCCACGUGUUGGUUAACUACAUUUGUUGGGAUAAUAAUAUCCCAAUUCUGUGGAAGUUUUUGGAUAAAGCUUUGAUGAUGAAGAUCGUUCCUCCUUUACUUGUUAUUGCUCUGCUUUCACAAAGAGUAUUGCCCAAUCGGCGUUCCCAUCCAGCUGCGUAUAGGCUUUACUUGGAAAUUCUUAAAAGACAUGCAUUUGCACUAAAGUGUCAAACUAGUGGACCGGAUUAUGAAAAGGUCAUGAAAUCAAUAGAUGCUACUCUUCAUCUUUCUGAGAUUUUUGGUCUCCAAACAACAGAACCUGCCAUUCUGGUGGUUGAGUUCAUCUUUUCAAUUGUGUGGCAGUUGUUAGAUGCAUCAUUAGAUGAUGAGGGAUUGCUGGAACUUACUGAGGAAAAGGUGUCUAGAUGGGCAAUUAAACCUCAGGAAAUGGAGAUCGACGGUGAUGAUGUUUAUGAUGAGAAAAAUAUUGCAUAUCUUGAGUGGUUGCAGAAUUUCAAUACUACAAUGGCUAUUGAGAUAAUUGGACAAUUUCUGCAACAUAAAGUGACUUCUAGGAUUCUUUACCUGGCACGGCGAAACAUGUCUUCUCAUUGGGUGAAUUUCAUUCAGAGUUUGCCGCUUCUUGGAGCAAAUUCAGCAGCACUGAAAACUUCAAAGGUUUUAACAUCUGAGGAUCUUCUAGAGUUGACAUCAGAUAGUCGUAUUGUCUUGUCUAGAAAAUGCAAAACAAGUUCGGUGCAAAAGUUCCAUGCUGUUAUGGCAUUUGGAUCUCUUUCCUAUUCAGCUGGUUUAUGCCAUGGAGCUAGUCGUUCUGAUCUUUGGCUCCCUCUUGAUCUGGUAUUAGAAGAUGCUAUGGAUGGUUAUCUAGUUAACACGACAAGUGCAGUUGAAAUUAUAACUGGUCUGAUUAAAACUCUUCAAGCAAUGAAUGGGACCAGCUGGCAUGACACCUUUUUAGGCCUUUGGAUCUCAUCUCUUCAGCUUGUUCAAAGGGAAAGAGAUCCCAUUGAAGGUCCAAUUCCCCGGCUGGAUACCCGUUUGUGUAUGCUACUUUCUAUUAUAAUUCUUGUGGUUGCUGAUCUUAUUGAGGAGGAAGAGGGUGCACCAUGUGAUGAAAAAGAAUAUGGCUCAACUACUAUUAAUCACUGGAAAGAAAUGAAGUUUUCCAGGAAACGCCGUGAUGAUCUAGUCUCCAGCCUACAAGUACUUGGUGAUUAUCAAGGCUUGUUAGCUCCUCCAAAGUCUGUUGUUUCUGCUGCAAAUCAGGCUGCUGCAAGAGCAAUGUUGUUUGUCUCGGGAAUCAAUGUUGGGAGUGCAUACUUUGAGUGCGUCAAUAUCAAAGACAUGCCUAUCAGUUGUUCUGGAAACAUGCGUCAUCUGAUUGUUGAGGCUUGUAUUGCGAGAAAUCUUCUAGAUACAUCGGCAUAUUUUUGGCCAGGUUAUGUAAAUGGACGCAUUAAUCAAUUACCUUAUAGUGUUCCAGCUCAGGCGCCGGGUUGGUCAUCAUUCAUGAAGGGGCCCCCGCUUACUUCAGUAAUGAUUAAUGCUCUUGCUUCAAGCCCUGCUUCCAGCUUAGCAGAGCUGGAGAAAAUAUUUGAGAUUGCAGUCAAUGGAUCAGAAGAUGAGAAGAUAUCUGCAGCUUCAAUUCUUUGUGGGGCUUCUCUAAUUCGUGGUUGGAAUAUACAGGAAUAUACAGUUCAAUUUAUAACUAGAUUGAUGUCUCCUCCGGUUCCUGCUGAUUUUUCUGGGAGUGACAGCCAUUUGAUAGAUUAUGCUCCUAUGUUGAAUGUGCUAAUUUGUGGAAUAGCAUCUGUCGAUUGUGUUCAGAUUUUCUCCUUUCAUGGCCUGGUCCCACAGCUUGCUUGUUCAUUGAUGCCAAUAUGUGAAGUUUUCGGGUCGUGUGUUCCCAAUGUCUCGUGGAAUCUCCCCUCAGGGGAAGAAAUCUCUCCCCAUGCAGUUUUUUCUAAUGCAUUUGCUCUUCUUCUGAAGCUAUGGAGGUUUAAUCAUCCUCCUAUUGAACACGGAGUUGGUGAUGUACCCACAGUUGGAUCCCAGCUGACUCCUGAAUACCUUUUAUUAGUUCGGAACUCCCAUCUAUUGUCUUCUGAAAACACCCAUAAGGAUCGCAACAAAAGGAGACUAUCAGAAGUUGCAAGUUCAUCAUCCCCAGAGCCUGUAUUUCUGGACUCAUUUCCAAAGUUAAAAGUAUGGUAUCGGCAACAUCAAAGAUGUAUAGCUGCAACACUCUCCGGUCUCAUUAAUGGAACUACUGUUCACCAGACAGUGGAUGGACUUCUGAACAUGAUAUUCCGAAAAAUUCACAAAGGAAGCCAGUCAAUAACUUCUGUUACUUCUGGAAGUAGUAGUUCAUCUGGAGCUGGAAAUGAAAACUCCCUGAAACCUAACUUGCCUGCCUGGGAUAUCCUAGAAGCUGUUCCUUACGUUGUUGAUGCUGCUUUAACAGCAUGUGCUCAUGGAAGACUUUCUCCGCGGGAACUGGCCACAGGGCUAAAAGAUUUAGCUGAUUUUCUGCCUGCAUCUUUGGCAACCAUCGCUAGCUACUUCUCUGCUGAAGUAAGUCGAUGUGUAUGGAAACCCGUUGUUAUGAAUGGUAUGGACUGGCCAAGCCCUGCUGCAAAUUUGUCCAAUGUUGAGGAACAUAUCAAGAAAAUCCUAGCAGCCACCGGUGUUGAUGUCCCUAGACUUUCUGCAGUUACAGGUGGUAGCUCUCUAGCCACUCUUCCGCUACCGUUGGCUGCUUUUGUAAGUCUCACCAUUACAUAUAAAAUUGACAAAGCCUCGGAAAGAUUUAUGAAUUUGGCUGGCCCAGCUUUGGAGUCCCUUGCAGCAGACUGUCCAUGGCCUUGCAUGCCGAUUGUGGCUUCCCUAUGGACCCAAAAGGCAAAGCGAUGGUUUGACUUCCUUGUCUUUUCUGCAUCUCGUACUGUUUUUCUCCAUAACAGUGAUGCUACUGUCCAGCUUCUUAAAAGCUGUUUCACCGCUACGCUUGGCUUGAACAUUGCACCAAUCUCCAGCAACGGUGGUGUUGGAGCUCUUCUUGGCCAUGGAUUCGGGUCGCAUUUCUGUGGUGGGCUUUCACCUGUUGCUCCAGGGAUUCUCUAUCUUCGCAUUUACCGUUCCAUGAGAGAUAUCGUGUUCAUAACUGAAGAGGUGGUUUCUCUCUUGAUGCAUUCUGUGAAAGAAAUAGCAUGUAGUGGCAUGCUAAAACAGAAAUUAGAGAAGCUGAAGACGAGCAAGAACGGACUGAAAUACGGGCAGGUUUCUCUUGCUGCAGCAAUGAACAGGGUGAAACUUGCAGCCUCCCUAGCAGCUUCUUUAGUAUGGUUGUCUGGCGGCCAUGGUCUGGUUCAGUCAUUGAUAAAGGAAACUCUGCCUUCUUGGUUUAUAUCCGUUCACAGAUCUGACCGAGAAGAAGGUUCAGGACCCGUGGCAAUGCUUGGGGGAUACGCACUCGCAUAUUUCACAGUGCUUUGUGGUGCAUUUGCUUGGGGAGUUGAUUCUUCAUCAUCAGCAUCGAAGCGGAGACCUAAAAUCCUCCGUUCACACAUGGAGUUCCUCGCGAGUGCACUCGACGGAAAGAUAUCGCUCGGUUGUGAUGGAGCCACGUGGCAUGCCUAUGUGUCGGGAUUGGUGAGCCUAAUGGUGGGUUGCACCCCGAAUUGGGUCCUGGAGGUGGAUGUAGAUGUGCUAAGGAGGUUAAGCAAGGGACUGAGACAAUGGGAUGAAGAGGAGCUUGCUUUAGCCUUGCUCGGCAUUGGAGGGGUUGGUACAAUGGGUGCUGCUGCUGAACUUAUAAUUGAACACUGCGACUCCUAAUAACACCCCCACUUUUGUACACUACUAUUUCAUUAACACACUACAUUUUGUAAUGAAACCCUUAAUUUUCCUUUCCAAUAUAAAAGGAGGGCGCAGUUUGGAAUA